AUGGGACGUUGUGAGUUUUCGACUCGUAUAUUGCCAGCAACAUGCGCCUGGUCCUUGCUUCUCGGUGCCACGGGAUUGUUCUUUAUAUUUAUAGUCCCAGACCACCUUCAAAAGUAUUCUAUUGCCAUCCCUAUUUAUCAGGGAAUAUUAUCCUUAUUUGUGAUUGCAAAUUUUGCCUUGGCAACUUUUAUGGAUCCUGGAGUUUAUCCUAGAGCUCAUGAAGAUGAAUUUCGUGAUGAUGACUUCAGAGCACCUUUAUAUAAAAAUGUUGAAAUCAAAGGAAUUACAAUGCGAAUGAAAUGGUGUACCACCUGUCAGUUCUAUAGACCUCCACGGUGCUCGCAUUGUAGUGUUUGUAAUAAUUGUAUAGAGACAUUUGAUCAUCACUGUCCAUGGGUAAACAACUGCAUAGGAAGAAGAAAUUAUAGAUAUUUCUUCUUGUUUUUGAUUUCAUUGACUAUUCAUAAAAUAAGUAUAUUUUCUCUCUGUUUGGUGUAUGUAUUAAAUCAUAAAAAGGAUUUGGCUCAGACUGGCAAUAUUAUUGCGCUUAUUGUUAUGGUUAUUAUUGGCUUAUUGAUAAUUCCAGUUGGAGGCCUUACUGGUUUCCAUACAGUUCUUGUUGCUAGAGGACGAACAACCAAUGAGCAAGUUACUGGAAAAUUUAGAGGCAGCCCAAAUCCAUUUACUCGUGGCUGUUGUAAAAAUUGCAAAUAUGCCCUCUGUGGCCCUCAAUGGCCAAGGCUAGUAUCAUAUAAGCCAAGAACAAAAACUGUUCAAAUUGAGUCUUCUAGAGUGACUUAUGUUGCUGCUGAAAAAGAUGUGAAAAUAUUUAUGGAUAAUAGCAAUGGUAUAAAACAUGACAACUCCUCCAAUCAUAGGCAAGCCAGUCUAUCUUUAGAUGAAGAAACAGAAAGACAGAGUCAAUCAAUGGACUGUGAGCCAAGUCCACCCAAACAGUCAGGAUCCUACAGCAAUCUUUUUGAUCCUAAUAACCCAACAUCAGUUGGGGCAGCUGUACAAGCCCAUCAAGAAAAUCAUGUUGGUAGAAUAUCUCCCAGAAUCAGUAAACCACGAAACUUAUACACUCAAUCACCUCAGAGAACACGCCCAGCUGAUAAAAAAGCUCCUGUAGCAACACCUGAAGUAGUUUCUCCUAUUAGUUCUCCCACUGUUAAAUCCCAGUCCAGCUCUCCCAGUCCUACUAAAUCUAGUUAUGGUAAGCCUCCUAUAGGCUAUCAUACACCUCGUUCAAAUGGGUUUACAUCUCUCACACCUGGGCCACAAAUGACAAUGCCAUCUGCAGGACCUUCACAUGCACCCUAUGUUGCUAACUUACAAGCUGCUAUCAAAUUUUUCAUCUUUUUGUUUUCUCUCCUUAAUUUCUCUUUCUCUCUUCAAUUUCUCUUUCUCCUUUUCUCUCUCUCACAUCAAUUUCAAUCUUUUCUCUCUCUGCCCAAUUUUUUUUCUCUCUCUCUCUCUCUCUCCUCCUGCCCAAUUUUUUUUCUCUCUCUCUCUCCUCCUGCCCAAUUUUUUUUCUCUCUCUCUCUCCUCCUGCCCAAAUUUUUCUCUCUCUCUCCUCCUGCCCAAAUUUUCUUCUCUCUCUCUCCUGCCCAAAUUUUUUCUCUCUCUCUCUCCUCCUGCCCAAAUUUUUCUCUCUCUCCUCCUGCCCAAAUUUUUUCUCUCUCUCUCUCCUCCUGCCCAAAUUUUUCUCUCUCUCUCUCUCCUCCUGCCCAAAUUUUCUCUCUCUCUCUCUCUCCUGCCCAAUUUUUUCUCUCUCUCUCUCCUCCUGCCCAAAUUUUUCUCUCUCUCUCCCUCCUGCCCAAAUUUUUUUCUCUCUCUCUCUCUCCUCCUGCCCAAUUUUUUUCUCUCCUCCUCCUGCUCAAUUUUUUUUCUCUCUCUCUCUCUCCUCCUGCCCUCUUUUUUUCUCUUCUCUCUCUCUCUCUCCUCCCCCAAUUUUUUUCUCUCUCUCUCUCCUCCUGCCCAAUUUUUUUCUCUCUCUCUCUCUCCCUCCUGCCCAAUUUUUUUUCUCUCUCUCUCUCUCUCCUCCUGCCCAAUUUUUUUUCUCUCUCUCUCUCUCCUCCUCCCCAAUUUUUUUUCUCUCUCUCUCUCUCCUCCUGCCCAAUUUUUUUUCUCUCUCUCUCUCUCUCUCCUGCCUCAAUUUUUUUUCUCUCUCUCUCUCUCUCUCCUCCUGCCCAAUUUUUUUUUCUCUCUCUCUCUCCUCCUCUGCCCAAUUUUUUUUUUCUCUCUCUCUCUCUCUCCUUUUUUUUUUUCUCUCUCUCUCUCCUCCUGCCCAAUUUUUUUCUCUCUCUCUCUCUCCUCCUGCCCAAUUUUUUUUUCUCUCUCUCUCUCUCUCCUCCUGCCCAAUUUUUUUUUCUCUCUCUCUCUCUCUCUCCUCCUGCCCAAUUUUUUUUUCUCUCUCUCUCUCUCUCCUCCUGCCCAAUUUUUUUUUCUCUCUCUCUCUCCUCCUCUCCCUCCUUUUUUUUCUCUCCUCCUGCCCAAUUUUUUUUUCUCUCUCCUCCUCCUCCUGCCUCAAUUUUUUUUCUCUCUCUCUCCUCUCCCAAUUUUUCUCUCUCUCUCUCUCCUCCUGCCCAAUUUUUUUUCUCUCUCUCUCCUCCUCCUCCUUUUUUUUCUCUCUCUCCUCCUCCUCUCCAAUUUUUUUCUCUCUCUCUCUCCUCCUCCUCCCCCAAUUUUUUUUCUCUCUCUCUCUCCUCCUCCUCUCCCAAUUUUUUUCUCUCUCUCUCUCUCUCUCCUGCCCAAUUUUUUUUCUCUCUCUCUCUCCUCCUGCCCAAUUUUUUUUCUCUCUCUCUCUCUCUCCUGCCCAAUUUUUUUCUCUCUCUCUCUCUCUCCUCCUGCCCAAUUUUUUUUCUCUCUCUCUCUCUCCUCCUGCCCAAUUUUUUUUCUCUCUCUCUCUCUCUCUCCUGCCCAAUUUUUUUUCUCUCUCUCUCUCUCCUGCCCAAUUUUUUUUUCUCUCUCUCUCUCCUCCUGCCCAAUUUUUUUCUCUCUCUCUCUCUCUCUCCUCCUGCCCCAUUUUUUUUCUCUCUCUCUCUCCUCCUGCCCAAUUUUUUUUUCUCUCUCUCUCUCAAUAAUUUUACAACUUUUCUGUUAAUACAAACUUAA